AUGACAUCCAUCGUCAAAUUAUUUGUCGUAUCCUCAGAUACCCGUUCUGAGCGUCGUUUCGACCUCCACGUGACGAUCGAGCAGCUCAAGGGUCCGUACGCGAAACUAGAACUCAUCACAGGCAUCCCCGUUCAGAAUCAAAAAAUAUUGUUGCACAAUGGCGAUGACGAUCCUCAGGUCGUCGCGCAGCUGGAUGAUGAUGCUAGUAAGCCGCUUGAUGUUCGGGAUUUCCACAUCAAUACGAACCCUUCGACGUCAUUUACGGGUCAACUCUCCGAUGUAGAGAAGUUUGAGCUUAGCGACGACGCGUAUGCACAACGAGCCGGCGAUCAAUCAGUCAUUCCUUAUAAUUUACUACUGCAAAGACAUAAAGUAGGGCGCUUUGCGCCCGCUUCAACAGAACCUACUCCUGAACCUGCGGUAAACAUCCCCAUCGGAUCACGCUGCAAGGUAGAAUCAACAGAACCGGGCUUGAAUAAGCGUGGUACAGUGGUCAGACUGAGUUUGCUGCUGGACUUUGGGUCGGUGUCGAGUAUGAUGAGCCGAUGGGCAAGAAUGAUGGGUCGUAAGUUUGAACCCUCGUAUUAUUUGUCGAUACUCAUCUGGACACCUAGUCUCAAAGGGGUGCAGUAUUUUACAUGUCGUCCGAACUACGGAGUGUUCGUACGCCCUGCAAAAGUCGGUGACUUCCGAAGUUCCCUGUGGAAGAGAUCGAUUUUGAUGACGAAGAAAUCUGAUGGGGUGUUGACAUACUCGUUGUAA